CAUAUUCAUUUAGAGUUUAUUCGUGGAAUGAUCACGCAACAAUUCAAUUUUAAUUAAAUUGAAAUAUUUUAUUGAAAAAAAGGUAAUAGGGAAUUUAAACAAUUUUUCGAAAGUGAAGAAUAUACAUUUUGUAUAAAAGACGCCGAGUAAAUUGCAAAGAAUCGAAAAUGAUACCGAAUCAAAGUAUUUUCAAUUUGUUCGUGUUUAUUGUGUCAAUCACAUUGGUGGGGAAAUGCGUUGGUCAAGUGAAUUUAUCGAAUCGGCCACCUCAUACCGAUUAUGCAAAAAUGGUCCGUUAUUUGGUGCAUAAAUCAAAUUGGACGUCAAUGGGAACAAUAUCAACGGUGUCAUCAAUUCAAGGCUUCCCAAUGGUGAACAUUAAAUCGAUUGCUGAUAGUGCUGUAAACGGAAAAUCAACGGGACACAUUUAUUUUUUGUUAACCAAUUUAGAUUUCACGGGCAAAGAUAUAAAUCAAAGCAAUAAAUGCACCGCUAUGUUUACGGAAGAUCAAGAUUUGUCCUGUUUAAAUUCGGGCCUUGAUACACAAGAGCCAAAAUGUGCACGUGCCAUUCUGAGUGGUCGCGUUGAACGACUAAAUGAGGACAGUGAUGAGCAUGCCAAGGCCGAUGAAUACUUUACCGAUCGUCAUCCAGCAUCGGUUAAUUGGCGCAAGCAACACAAAUUCUAUUUUUGUAAAUUGCAGAUUGAACUUAUUGUUUUGAUAGAUUUCUAUGGCGGUGCAAGAUACGUGUCUGUCGAUGAUUAUUACAAUGCCAACUAUGAUGCGGUCGAUAGUGAUAUUGAAUCAAGAUUUGAAGCCGUUAAAAUACCAUCGGUGAUUAGGCCAAAAUUCAACAAUUAAUUGAAUAAUAAUAAUGUCUGCCGAACACACAACAACUGUUUUUUUAAAAAUUAUUGUCACAACAAAUAUUUCAAUAAA